UCCACAGCCUGUGGAGAGUGUGGGCAGGCUCUGUAUGCAGCAUCCUGGAAAAUGUGUGUUCUCUUGAAGAAGUGAUCUACUGAAAAGCGUGUACUUGUACGGUUGUUCCAGCCUGACUUGUUGCACUGCUCUCAAGGUCUGAAAUGCCUGGCCUCUAAUACUCUGUGGGAUUUGCAUUUCUUCUGCCGAAGAAACGCUACCUGCUGCAGUUAUCCAAGGAGCACCGAAGAGCAAGGACACUGAAGAUGGCUCUGUGUGCUUUUUAUGCAGUUUGGGGUUUGUUACUGGAAGUGGCAGUAGCAUUUGGCCCAGUACCAAGGAUCACUUGGGAACACAGAGAGGUCCAACUAAAACAUUUUCAUGAAUUAGAAGUGUCAAACUAUUCAACCCUGCUGUUAAGUGAAGACAAAGAUGUUCUAUAUGUAGGAGCCAGAGAAGUGAUCUUUGCAUUAAAUGCGGUGAAUAUUGCUGAAAAGCAGCACGAGUUGCACUGGAAGGUCACUGAAGAUAAAAGGACUAAAUGUGCAGUCAAGGGCAAAUCAGAACAGACAGAGUGUCGUAAUUAUGUGCGUGUCUUGCAACAACUGAACGACACUUCUCUUUAUGUGUGUGGAACUAACGCAUUUCAGCCAACAUGUGACUACCUGAAUUUAAUUUCAUUUGAACUUGGAGGUAAAAAUGAAGAUGGUAAGGGCAGAUGUCCAUUUGAUCCUGCUCAAAGCUACACAUCUGUUAUGGUUGAUGAGGAGCUUUAUUCUGGGACUUCUUACAAUUUCUUGGGAAGUGAACCUAUCAUUUCACGGCACUCACAUCAGAGCCCUUUGAGAACAGAGUAUGCAAUACCUUGGCUUAAUGAGCCCAAUUUUGUUUUUGCUGAUGUGAUAAGAGCAGAUCAAAACAGCACAGACGGAGACGAUGACAAGAUAUACUUCUUUUUCACUGAGGUGUCUGUGGAGUAUGAAUUUGUUGGAAAACUGAUGAUUCCAAGAAUAGCUAGAGUGUGCAAGAGGGACCAAGGAGGAUUAAGGACUUUGCAGAAAAAAUGGACUUCCUUUCUCAAGGCCAGAUUGAUUUGUACCAUCCCUGAUAAGAAUUUAGUUUUCAAUAUCAUCAAUGAUGUUUUUAUUCUCAAGUCUCCAACUUUGAGGGAACCAGUGAUAUAUGGAGUCUUCACCCCACAACUGAAUAAUGUGGGGCUGUCAGCAGUAUGUGCAUACAAUCUGUCUACUGUAGAGGAGGUUUUCUCAAAAGGAAAAUACAUGCAGAGUGCUACCGUAGAACAGUCUCAUACAAAGUGGGUACGAUACAAUGGGGAAAUUCCUAAUCCUCGACCUGGUGCAUGUAUAAACAAUGAAGCCAGAACAUCAAACUAUGCAAGUUCUCUGAAUUUACCAGACAAAACACUGCAAUUUGUUAAAGAUCAUCCUCUAAUGGAUGACUCAGUGACUCCAGUGGGAGACAGACCUCGACUAGUGAAACGAGAUGUGAAAUACACCCAGAUUGUAGUAGACAGAGUCAGAGCACUCAAUGGCACCAUAUAUGAUGUUAUGUUCAUCAGUACAGAUCGAGGAGCCCUGCACAAAGCUAUCAGCUAUGAAAAUGGAAUGCAUAUAAUUGAAGAAACACAGCUUUUCCCAAACUUUGAGCCAGUCCAAACUCUCUUGCUUUCAUCCAAAAAAGGCAGAAGAUACCUCUAUGCUGGUUCAAAUUCUGGUGUGGUUCAGUCUCCGGUGGCAUUCUGUGACAAGUACACCACUUGUGUUGACUGUGUUUUAGCAAGGGAUCCUUACUGUGCCUGGAAACCCCUUGAAGCUUCCUGCAUUGAUAUUUUUAAAGAAAGUGAAAUUGAAAGGAACUGGAUUCAGAACAUAGGUGGAGAUGCGUCUUCUUGUUCUGAUAAAGUAAGAGAGAAUUCCCUACAGCAUACAUUCAAGCAUGGGAGCACAGCAGAACUCAAGUGUUCUCAAAAGUCCAAUCUGGCACAGGUAGUUUGGAAGUUCAAAGAUGAUGUGCUGAGAGUGGAGAGCCCCAAGUACCGUCUUCUGGAAAAGGCGCUGCUCAUCUUCAAUUUAUCAGAAGGAGACAGUGGUGUUUACCAGUGUUUGUCAGAAGAAAAAGUGAAGAAUAAGAAAUUUUCUCAAGUGCUGGCUAAGCAUGUUUUGGAACUGAAAAAGAUCCAGCAUACCACAGUGGGCCCUACUGUGGCAGCUGCACCAACAGAAGGUAAUAGCAAUGUGCCAAAAGUGUCAGCUCUGUCAACUGAGGGGUCUGCCGCUUACACCUCGACCACUCAGAUGGUACCGGUAACGACCGCAAGGAUAGUAACAAAGCCCAUUGGCCCUGUCCUAACAAGUGCAGCCUCCAACACAGAGCUCUUCAAUUCAGUUCCUGACGCAGUCCCGGAAAAGACAAUGUUCCUCAAGUCAAAUGAUAACUUCUUGUUGAUGUUCCUCUUCCUCUUCUUUUUUAUUCUCUUUUUGUGCCUGCUCUCCUACAACUGUUACAAAGGGUACUUGCCAGGGCAGUGCUUGAAAUUCCGCUCUAUCAUGCUGCUUGGUAAGAAGAAAACUAAGUCAGAUUUUUCUGACUGUGAGCAAAGUGUGAAGGAGACGCUGGUGGAGCAAGGCAGCGUCAGCCACCAGAGUGGGGAGCAGCCGAAGCCAGCGCACGACACUGGCUACGAGACUGAGCCUGACUGUGGGAACGGCCAGCUGCAGCCUGGGGAUUCACAGGCCUCCCAAGAGGCCAAGGACAAGCCCUUUGAUGUCAAGUGUGAGCUCAAGUACGCCGACUCGGAUGUGGAGGGAGACUGA